GGAAGAAAACAGGUGAUCAUAUAGAUUUGAGAGCUCAUCGCCCUCUUAUAAAAAGCUUUCAGAGCUUUUCAGAGACUUGUGUAAGGAAGAGAGAGAAGAGGGGCAAGAGAGAAAGCUGGUAAAUCUGAAAUAUAUAUCGAAUCCGAUAUCCUACUUUUUCCAGUUUCCAUGGUUUCUAGGGAGCACAAGAGGGCAGCACUCUAUGAGAAGCUGCAACUUCUUCGUUCUAUUACCAACUCUCAUGCUCUAAACAAAACCUCAAUCAUAGUAGAUGCCUCCAAGUACAUUGAAGAGCUAAAACAAAAGGUGGAAAGACUGAAUCAAGAUAUUGCAAAUGCACAAACUACUUCUUCAUCAAGUGACCAAAAUCCGUUGCCUGGGCAGGUUACAGUGGAAACCCUAGAAAAAGGAUUUCUGAUAAAUGUGUUUUCUGAGAAGAGUUGCCCAGGUUUGCUUGUGUCUGUACUGGAAGCUUUCGAAGACUUGGGUCUCAAUGUCCUUGAAGCUAGGGUUUCCUGUGAAGACAGUUUCAGGUUACAGGCAGUUGGAGGAGAAAAUGAAGAGGAAGGUGAGAGCAUUGACGCGCAUGCAGUAAAGCAAGCAGUGGCAGUGGCUAUAAAAAACUGGAGCGAAAAUACCGAAAAUUCGUAAUCAAGAUUCGGUUGCUAUAUAUAACUACCUAUUUAUGUUCGUGAUGACGAUGAUGAUCAUUUUUCGCUUUCUUGGAUAAAUAUCCUCGUUUGGCUUCUCUCUUGUUGUAGCUAGCUAGGUUGGCAUGAUGAUGUUGAUUAUCAAAGAAUUAAUCAAGCUUCAAACAACUUAAUUAGACGAGUUUCGUUGUAGUUGUAGCUAUAGCUGGCUAGGAUGGCUGACUGUGUUGAUUAUCAAGGAAUUAAUAAAGCUUUAAACAAAAAGAAUAAUUAUUCAACUUCGGGUUUAUCAA